AUGUCAUUUAAUCUGCCAUUUUCCGAUAAAUGGUCUGAUAUUUCUUCUGAAUAUAUCUACAAUUUUAUAAAUCAUUAUUUAAGACUGGAUUCUCAUUUUUGUAAUUCUCGGUGCAAUACUUUUUUAAUAUUAGGACUUGAUCCUAAGACAUAUUUUACAAAUGAAGAACUUAAAGAGGCAUAUAGAAAACGGUUAUUGCAAGUUCAUCCUGAUAAACAAUAUAAAAAAUUAUAUUCGUUAUUCUUUUUACCAACUUCAACAGGAACUGCUUAUUCUGUUUGUAAUAGUGAAUUCUCUUUGAGUUGUUGUGGAGAUAUGUUUGUAUUAAAUCCUCAGAAAAUUCAAGUAGGUGAAUUUUUGGAUGCGUGUCAUUUCAAAUAUUAUACCAGAAUAAAUAAUAAAAACUGGCAUUUUAUUAUUGAUUUUUUGAUCCUUAAAAUAUUACUAAAAAUUGGGUUGAAAUAA